AUGUCCAGCUUCGAUCCUCCGUCCCCUGCUGCUCUCGUCUGGUCACUCCCCCACAUCCGAGUGAGGAUACUGAGCUAUCUUAGACCUCAAGACUUGCUGAACACUCUGACGCUGUCCAAGGAGAAUUUCAACGUCGUGGUGGGUGUGAUGUUCAGAGAGAUGAACCAUUGGAGCUAUACCAGGUUGAAAGACCAUUGCAGGUCUAUCCAACGCCUUCGUUGUUAUACCUCCGCCGUACGAUACCUCGAAACAGCCGCUGAGCUGAGUACAGCCAAAGGUCCUUCGAUAUUUAUGACUUUUCCCAAUCUGCUCAAAGCAUACACAUCAGAUUGCGCACACCGCGCUUUUGGCGAGAUUCAGGAAGCCUACGAAUACCUCGAGCUCGUACAGCCUGCGGAUCCAACAGCAGCGGGAUACUUCAAUUUUAUUCGGAACUAUGCAAUAUCCCCUAUCAGCGCGCCCACAUUGGUGUAUGGUGAACAUGAGACGUUUCCGCCUGGGUGGGACAUACAGGUGAAAGCAGGUUCGAUCGAUUGCUCAGACGAAUUGAUUGGAAGGGAUCAAACGGAAUUGACACCGAGUGGAGUAGUCGAUAAAUUGCUCGAAGCUUGGUUGGAUGAAAAAGGGAUAUUUAGUCAACCAUUCAAAAAGUUUAGGAUACAAGCUCCUGUGACUAGGAGGAAAUUGGUAGAUACGAUUAAGAAAGUCAGUCAGAUGGGUCAAGAGUUGCCGCAACACCUAUCGGUAACGUUGGUCAAUGCGGAUGGACAUGACGAAGCACAAUCACAGCAGGGACCAGUCUUGGAAGAUGCCAACCAAGAUGGGAAUGCGAACGAUAUUCAGGCAAAUGUUCAAGGUGAGACAGAUGCGAUCCCGCCAACACCUGCAUUAGAUGAUCUGAGAAUGGUAGAGAUACUAUGUGAACAUUUCGAGGGAUUGGAGUUAUACAUCCAUGAAAAUUCGGAUCUAUACCCGAAAUAUAGUUUACAUGAUUUACUAUGUCAUGAGCCUAUUGAUUGGUCGGACAAGCAAAGCAAAUUAAGAAGAUUGCUCUUAUCUAUUGACGUCUCCGAAAAUUAUUCUCUGUUCUCUAUACCGAGGUCAACUCGUUCGCGUUCAUCAAGUUCGUCAUCAUCAGACCCCUCUUCGCCCUCCCCGCGCUCACGUUCUCCUUCGAAUACAACACCCCAACAACCAUCACUGCACUUAGACAGCCUCACAUUGCUGCUGUAUCCACCGAUACCCUCCGAGACCCCUCCGGAAUGGACUUUCACCCAAUAUCUCCCUUCGAUGUCAUUCUUUGCUCAAGCGAUACUUCACCAAUUUGGGACUAGUCCCAACUGCGAAUAUACAAUUAAAGUGAAACAGUGGGGACCUAGAAGAGACGAGCUGUUGAGUAGGUCGUUGACGGAUCUUCUCAGGAAAGAGAUAAGAGAGAUUGAACAUAGAGAGAGCGUGGAUCGGAGACCUGGAUGGAGACGGAUUGGAGGGAGCGGAAGAGAAAACAGAUUUGUGGGAGAGAAAAGGAUUAAGAAGGCCAGGGCUAGGAAUUAUACGGAUUGGUAG